UAUUUUAUUUUUUAAAAAGUUUUUAUUUUGCUACAGUAACCUAUUGCAGUAUUUGGUAAUUAGUUAACUGAAUAAAAAUGCCAAUUAAUAUUUUAUUAACCUUUCCCUUUCGGUAAAACAAAAAGUUUGGAAAUAGCUUAAAAUGUAGUAUUGGCUACUGUUGUUUGAAUUAUUUACUCUCUGUGAUGUACUGUAUGUAGCGAACGGCGAUGGUAUCGUUUUAUAUUUAUGCCGAUUGUUUGUGACUUUAUUAUUUAAUAAUACCGUGUCAUAUUAAUUGAAACAUAAUUUUAGCGUUCGGUGUAUUUGAUUUAUUAUUUUUAAGUACAGUCACAGAAAGUAAUUUUUAAAAUAUGCUUUCAAGGCUUAGGUUAUGUUCAAGUCAUAUUUCAAAUCCAAAGGUUUUUGGUCCAAUCAACCAGUUGGAGAACAGCCCUUUUAUUUGGGGUUCGGUGGUACCUGUGCGAUGCAGAUCUUCCACGCCACUCAACACUGUCGUCAUGUUCGUCCCACAGCAGGAGGCUUGGGUGGUGGAAAGGAUGGGUAAAUUUCACAGGAUAUUAGAGCCUGGACUUAACAUACUACUGCCCAUAAUAGAUACAGUGAAGUACGUACAAAGCUUGAAGGAAAUAGCAAUAGAUGUUCCUAAGCAGAGUGCCAUAACAGUUGACAAUGUUAACCUGAACAUUGAUGGAGUUCUUUACUUGAGGAUAAUCAAUCCAUAUCUUGCGAGUUAUGGCGUUGAAGAUCCAGAGUUUGCUAUCACCCAGCUUGCCCAGACGACGAUGCGAUCCGAGCUGGGCAAGAUAUCCUUGGACAAUGUUUUCAGAGAACGAGAGAAUUUGAAUGUUAACAUUGUGGAGUCUAUAAACAAAGCCAGUGCUGCGUGGGGGAUCACUUGUCUGCGGUAUGAAAUUCGUGACAUCAAGCUGCCUUCGCGAGUGCAGGAGGCAAUGCAGAUGCAGGUGGAAGCAGAGCGCAAGAAGAGGGCUGCCAUCCUGGAGUCUGAAGGUGUACGAGAAGCUGACAUCAAUGUUGCGGAGGGCAAACGGCAAGCGAGGAUCCUCGCAUCUGAGGCGGAGAAGCAGGAGCAGAUCAACAAGGCCAGCGGGGAGGCCCAGGCCAUGCUGGCCGUGGCGGACGCUCGUGCCAAGGGCCUGCAGCUGGUGGCGCGCUCCCUCGUCUCAAAGGACGGUCGGGACGCGGCGUCCCUGAACGUGGCAGAGCAGUACGUGCAGGCGUUCCAGCAGCUGGCUCGCACCAACAACACCCUCAUCCUCCCCAGCAAUGCCGGCGACGUCACCGGCAUCGUCUCCCAGGCCAUGAUGAUCUACCAGAGACUUGCCAAGGGAGGGACGGCCGCAGCUCAGGACGCGGGCGUGGGUCCCACCGCGGGGAAGGAGGCAUCGCACGGCACUCCAGCCAUCAGCGCAGACGCAGGCCAGCGUGCGGACGACGACCUCGCGGAAUACUUCAGCGACACGGAAGAAGAUGACGCGCCGAGCCGACGCAGGAGAUAGUAAAAUCCAAUGUUUGAAUUUCUGGAUGUUCUUUGUUCCUUGUGCAUUUGCCCCGAGCAAGUUCGCUUUUUUCACAAUGUACAAUGAGAGACCGGAACGGGAGCAUUGAAAUGAUGUUUUUCUUUCUAAUUUUUUUUUAUUUAAAGUUUGUCAAGAGCUUAGUUUUCUUACCUUUACCCAAGAUUUGUUGUUGACAUGAGAACUCAGUUGUGGCAAAUAAAAAAAGUGUGUAAUUAU